AUGGUUAGAGAUUGGGCGAUAAGAUUCAAAGCGAUUCAGCUCUCAGGGCUAUCGACGAUUUCGUAUGUUUUUGAUUUUGUAUUUUAUUCAACAAUCUUAGCUCUCUCUGUACUGCUAGGACGAAUUAUUCCUCCGAGAUUUCAUGAGUUUCUGAUUUAUGAUAUUUCGAUAAGGUACACUUAUAUUGAACAAGUUACUGUACCAGUUUGGUUGCUUGUGCUUAUUUCUGCCGGUAUUCCCUCCGUACAGUUUAUAAUAUUUGCUAUUAUCACCAAACGUGCCUCGUUUAAGAGGAGGUUAUGGGAUAUUUUUGCAGGGAAUUUAUGUUUAUUAGGGGCCCAAGCUACACAAAUCUGGACUGUUGUUUUGUUGAAAAAUAUAACCGGUUUACCUCGACCCGAUGUUAUUGACAGAUGCGAGCCAAUGGUGCAGAAUAUUCCUUUAACUCAACUAUCAAAUGUUUCUAUUUGUACCCAACCGAAUUGGAAUAUAGUCAUGGAAGGAUUCAGAUCUUUUCCAAGUGGGCAUGCAUCAACCGUAUACUGUGGCAUGAUUAUUACUUCGUUGAAUUUCGCUGCUCACUUACAAGCUUUUGACCAAAGAAACAAUUCAUUCAAAGUGUUUUUAACUAUAGUGCCCUUAUUAGGCGCUGCAUUCGUAGCUAGUACUAGAGUGAGUGAUAAUCGACACUAUUUAAGGGACGUUAUAGCUGGGUCUAUAAUUGGUACGUUUGUUGGUUUAGCAUAUUACCAUCAAUACCAUCCUAGUGUAUUUAAUUUGAGGAAUAAAGGAAGGGCUUUCCCACCAAGGAGAUUUGGCAUUAAUAGAUUUCUAAGAAAUAUUGGAGGUUUUUGGUCAUUUGGAAGAGGUGAUCAAGAUAUUGAUAUGGAAGCAGUUGAAGCAAGAGCUAUGAAUAAUGACGAUGUAGAAAAACGAUUACCAUUGAAUGAGAAUGGAGAUUCUACACAAGUGAACAACUUGAGUGAUAAUAUUAAAUAUGUCAAUGCAAUGUUAUAG